AUGUACAACAUCAUUCUGAUAGCGCUUCUGUUGGGGUAUCUUGUAUUGUUAGUAGCGCUUGGUAGUGCGGCAUUGUAUUGCCACAACGAGAAAGAAAGAAAGAAAAAAAAAACAACCAAGCGAAAAUCAAAAACGAAAAAAAACAGAAGGUUUCAGGAAGCUUUUUACAACAUAGAGGUUUUACAUCCAUCACAAUUGAUUAUGCCAAUGAACAUAGAAUCACAAAGAGGACAGCAAUCGCGUCUGGACUAUAGUUUAAGGCAAGAUCAUUUUGUCUACGACGAUGACGAAAUUCCUCCGCCUCCUCCUCCACUUCCACCAACUGAUUCUCAACAAGAAUUUGAAACAAACUAUCUGCAAUUUGACGAUGAAAUACCACCUCCACCUCCUCCUCCUCCUCCCCCUCCGCCGCCACCACAAGAUGAUGAUAUCCCUCCUCCACCACCUCCACUUCCAGUACAAGAAGAUGAAAUCCUAUUGGAUGAACCCCUUGCAGAUGAUAAAUACACAGCAGAAUCAGAAUCUAGUCGACAUCAACCAUCUGAAACACACAAACAAGAGCAAAGACAUAAAAAACAACGACAAAAUCGAGAGCAUGGUCAUCAUCCAAGAAAAAGACAAAGAAAGUUUCUCUAUAACUCAGGUGAAGGCCUAUUAUUAUGUUCAUUCUAUACUAAAGUCGGAGCAUGCCGUCAUUAUGGUAGAUGUACCAAGAGACAUAUAGAUCCGACCGUAUCUAAUACAAUAAAGAUAUCUAAUCUUUAUCCAAACCCACUAGCCAAAUAUGAUUUUCCAGAUGAUGAAGAUGAAAAUUCUGAAGGAAGUGAAGUAGAAGAGGCAGACGCGGGUGUUGAUGUUGAUGUGAAUGGUAACAAAGAAUCUGCUUCUGGUGAAAAGACCGUCUCAAAACCUUCCAAUUAUGAACCUGAAGUACAACUAACUGAAGAAGAGAUCCAAGAGAAAUUUGAUCUAUUCUAUAAAGAUGUAUUUACACAUAUUUCAAAGUUGGGUGAAAUUAAGAAUCUCGUAGUUUGUGAGAAUGUGAACAAUCAUCUUAAUGGGAAUGUUUAUGUUCAAUUUGUAAGAACUCAAGAAGCCAGUGAAGCUAGCAAGCAGUUGAAUUCAGAAUGGUUUAAUGAGAGACCUGUCUAUAGUACAUUGUCACCAGUAAGAGAUUUUGAGGAGGCUUAUUGUCAUGAAUAUAGUGUUGGUGCUUGUGAGCAUGGGGAAAGGUGUAAUUAUAUGCAUCUUAGAUAUCCAACACCUGACCUUGAACAAAAAAUGUAUAGAUCUCAAGAGAAGAGCUAUUUGAUUAAAAGAUUGGCUCGAUUGAAAGAAGAACUUCCGAAUGCUGCUAGUUUUGAAGCCAAUGGUAGCACUAAAGCUGAAAAGGGUUCCGAAAAAUCACAACAGGGUACUAAAGUAUUACUUCAGCAAUUAUACUGA